AUGCAUUCUUCCAUCUUCUUUACCGUCUUCGCCGGCAUCGUCGGUAUCACUACGGCAUCUCCUACCGAGUCAAACACUGAUCCUACCGUCUGCGCUCCGGGCACCGGUUUCUUCCAAUCCUGCAGCAAUGGCUUCAGGGGCUGCUGCAAAGCCGACGCUUGCACCAUUGGGUACUGCCCCGAUGUGACCGUCACCUCAUCCAAGACUGCCAUUGUUACGGCGACCCCCGUUCCCGAACACAAGGCUCACUGGCAGCCCGAGACCGUCUCCGAUCCGACUGUUUGCAAGCCCGGCACUGGUUUCUUUCAGUCUUGCUCAAACGGCUUCAGAGGCUGUUGUAAGGAGGACGCCUGCACUUUAGGCUACUGCCCCCCUGCCUCUGAAAAGCGCGAUGAGACUGUCUGCCCUCCUAACACCGGCUUCUUCCAAUCCUGUGCCAACGGCUUCCGGGGCUGCUGCAAGGGCGAUGCCUGCACUCUUGGUUACUGCCCCGAUGUCCCUUCCACCGUUGUCAAGCGUGACGAUCCGACUGUAUGCGCUCCCGGCACAGGGUUCUUCCAAUCUUGCUCGAAUGGCUUCCGUGGAUGCUGCAAGUCUGAUGCUUGCACUCUUGGAUAUUGCCCUUCCAGCACAGAGAAACGCCAGGACCCAACUGUUUGUGCUCCCGGCACUGGCUUCUUCCAGUCCUGCAACAACGGCUUCCGCGGAUGCUGCAAGCAGGAUGCGUGCACCAUUGGCUACUGCCCGGACGUCAAGAGCUUCGAGACCGUUACCAUUGCUCCCAAGACUUCGCCUACUCCUACGCCUGAGGCUAACCACAAGUGGCAAGCUGAGCCCAAGAAGACCGACCCGACUGUGUGUGCCCCUGGAACUGGCUUCUUCCAAUCUUGCAGCAAUGGCUUCCGUGGAUGCUGCAAGGCUGACGCCUGCACCAUUGGUUACUGCCCUUCCAACUAA